AUGGUGACAGCAUCAGCAUACGAGGAGAGUCGUCGCAAGAGAAUGGAGGAAAACAGAAAGAGAAUGGAAGCCCUCAAUCUCCCUCUCCUCUCUCAAGCUCUUCACAAGUCUCCUUCUCCCAAAUCUUCACAGUUAAAACCUGCCGCCAAGAAUCGCACCAUUCAGAAAGAGGUGGUUGUGGUGAGAAGAUCAAGCCGUGUGGCCAACAUGCCCUCUCCAAUUUACAAAGAAGUGGUUAUUGACCGAGUCACUAUACCUCGAAGAAGAAGUACCGUUAAUGGUUACAAUAGGCACAGGGAUUAUGCGAAUAGGGUAUACGCCUCGGAUGAAGCCAGAGAGGAAGCAUUGGAGAAAGCAGAGAAGUUAAUGUCCGGUUUAGAGUCUGAUUAUCCAGCCUUCAUAAAGUCUAUGCUCCAGUCUCACAUUAGUGGGGGUUUCUGGCUGGGCCUUCCAGUCCAUUUCUCCAAGAGCAAUCUGCCUAAAAAGGAUGAAGUGAUGACUCUGAUUGACGAAGAUGGGAAUGAGUAUCCAACAAUAUAUUUGCCCCGUAAAACAGGACUUAGUGGGGGAUGGAAAGGUUUUGCUGUUGCUCAUGACCUAGCUGAUGGGGAUGCUUUAAUUUUCCAAUUAAUUAAGCGCACUGCAUUCAAGGUGUACAUUAUUAGAGCGAAUAGUUCUUCAGAGGAUAAACAGCUAAAGAUCUCUAUUGUAGUGGAGGGAACGUUUGUGGGUUCAUUUUUCAUAGCUGGCCUUAGCUUGGCUUCUUGGCCAAGUGAAGAGCAGAAAGGCAGAAAAUAG